AUGGAAGUUACCAACUUCGCUAUGCAGGCAAACACUCCGUGCAACUUCACCAAGAGCAUAGCCUCAUUCAGCGCACCCGUCACGUCGCGCCCCUACCGCGUUAAUCCCCCGGUGGCGAAACAAGUUAAAGCGAUCCUUGACCAAUAUCUUGCGGCAGGUUUGAUCCAACAUGCGACCUGGCCUUACUCGAGCCCUUUGGUAGUCAUACCGAAGAAAUCUGGUGGUGUUCGCAUCACCGUCAAUUAUUGCAAGCUCAACAAGCUUUGUGCUUUGAGUCAGCUUCCGAUUCCUCGAGUCGAUGAUACUUUGGACAAGUUGUUGAAAGGGCAAUUUCAUUCCCUUUUCGACAUGAAAUCUUCGUUCCACCAAAUCACGGUGCACCGCGAUACAAUCCCUUUGACGGCAUUCGUGACGUCUUCCGGGCUUUUCGAGUGGUUGGAGAUGCCUCAAGGCAGGUCGGCUGCCCCUGGGUGGUUUUGCAAAGUUGUCAACGAAGUCAUCGAAAAUCUCCGCGGUGUUGCAUCGUACUUGGAUGAUUUGAUCGUCUUUGAUGACACCCCUGCUACUCAUGUUGGUACCAUGCGCGCCCUCUUUGAACGCUUGCGUACGCACAACUUGAAACUCACGCCUCCGAAAGCUACUGUUGGCGCUACUGAAGCAGACUUCCUCGGACACACCAUCUCCCCUGACGGCGUUAGGCCAAACGGUGCCAAGGUUUCGGCCCUCACCAAAAUGCCUAUGCCCAAGGAUUGCCUUCUCGGUGGUCUCAGCUACUACCGAAAGUUCCUCCCCAACAUGGCUAAACGCAUUCGACCUCUGACUACUGUACUCAACAAGCAGGAGAAGUUUAUCGUCACCCCUUCCAUGGAGCAAGCCGAUCGCGUUUUAUUAGCCGAGUUGUCCAAUCCUCCUGUUUUGGCUUGUCCAGAUUGGGAUACCGUUUCAGACGGCUCGCAACCUUUUCAUCUUUUCUGUGAUGCUAGUAGCGAUGGGUUUGGUGGGACUCUCGAACAAGAACAGCCAGAUGGUUCCAUUCGCCCAAUUGCCUUCAUCAGUCGGGCUACUUUGGACUCAGAACGUCACUGGACUCCCCUCGAUCUCGAGGCGGGUAGCAUCGUCUGGCGUAUCAAGCACCUUCGCGGUUACUUGUAG